UUAGCAUAAUUGCUGUUGGUCGGUGCUGCUUUACGUUAAAAAGAAGAAUAAAUAAGUCUUUUAACACAAAGUAGGCAAGUAUUUUUCGCAUCUAUUGCAAGUACCGGACAAUAUUUCAUCAGUCUCCAAUCACGUGUCCAUUUCGCGACACACCCACCGACAUCCGCAUUUCAAUUCGUUAGCGCCGUGGCAACCUCUCAUCUACCGGCAACUACAAAUCAUCCUGCAUUGUGGGAGUUUUCCGAAAGGGAUGUGGGUGAUAUUCCAUUCGCCGUUUUGACACAAGUGUGAAUACUGCUGUGACUUGUCUCCCCUUAAUUGGCUUAUCACUAAAGCACGUAAAGCUUGCGUAUUUCAGGGGAGUGUGGAUGCAUCUGUGGAAAAAAGGGGGAGUCUCUUUGUAAAGGCAAUAUUUUGGAGUAAAUACGGAAUGCUGACACUGGAUCCAUCUACUGAUAUUUUUUGUAGCGUCUGACUUUUUGUGUUUACAUUUUGUUGUGGAUUUUGGGAGAGUGCAUCUGCGUCAAAUCACAGCAGUCACUGAACAUAGGGAAUAUGCAUCGCUUUCAGGCUGCCAGACGGAUUCCUGAAGUAUUGUCUUUAGCUAAGGACCAGUGUAUUAGUGUGAGAGCUGCUGUAGUUGCCCGUUUUUCAGUGUUUAGCCGACGUGACCACCAGCCUGUGGACAGAAGCUCAUUGCACACAGUACGGGCAUCUCUGACUACUGCUGAGGCUGCUGCAGAGAAGGAGAAUGGAAAAUCCCGAGAUAAAGUACUUAGAGUGGAGACCAUGAAUCCUUUAGUGAGGGCCGUGGAAUAUGCCGUGAGAGGACCAAUUGUUCUAAAAGCUGGUGAGAUUGAGAAGGAGCUGGAGCAGGGUAUCAAAAAGCCCUUCUCUGAAGUCAUCAAAGUGAACAUUGGUGAUGCACAUGCAAUGGGUCAGCAGCCGAUCACUUUCCUGCGCCAGGUGGUUGCCCUUUGCACUUAUCCAGAACUGUUAAGCAGUCCAAGUUUUCCAGAAGAUGCCAAAUGGAGAGCAAGACGGAUCUUACAAGGAUGUAGUGGAUAUAGCAUGGGGUCCUACAGUGCUAGCGAGGGUCUGAACAGUGUUCGUGAGGACAUUGCAGAGUACAUUGAGCGAAGAGAUGAUGGAGUUCCUGUUGAUCCUGACACAAUUUUCCUUACCUCGGGGGCUAGCGAUGGGAUAAUUAGUAUUCUGAAGCUACUUAUUUCUGGCACUGACAACUACAGGACUGGUGUUCUGAUCCCAAUCCCCCAGUACCCCUUGUAUUCUGCUGCUAUAUUAGAAAUGGGUGGGGCUCAGAUUAAUUAUUACUUGGAUGAAGAUAACUGUUGGGCCCUUGAUGUGAAUGAGCUUCGCAGAGCUGUGACUGAAGCCAGGAAGUUUUGUAAUCCGAAGGUUCUCUGCGUUAUCAAUCCUGGAAAUCCAACUGGGCAAGUUCAGAGCAGGCAGUGUAUUGAAGAAGUUAUUCACUUUGCAUAUGAGGAGAAGCUUUUCCUUUUGUCUGAUGAGGUGUAUCAGGACAAUGUAUACUCAGAAGAUUGCAAGUUUCACUCCUUUAAGAAGAUUAUGUACGAGAUGGGACCAGAAUACUUUAAUAAUGUAGAACUGGCCUCUUUCCAUUCCACAUCCAAAGGAUUUAUGGGCGAGUGCGGCUGCAGAGGAGGGUAUAUGGAAGUGAUCAAUCUUGACCCAGAUGUGAAAGCUCAGCUUGUAAAGUUGCUCUCAAUUCGCUUGUGUGCUCCAUUGUCUGGUCAGGCUGCUAUGGAUGUUGUGGUGAAUCCUCCACAGCCUGGUGAAGAGUCCUACGAGACAUUUCUUCAGGAAAGGAAUGAUAUACUUUGCAACUUUGCAAUAAAGGCUAAACUGACAGAAGAGGUAUUGAACGCUGUUCCAGGAAUUCACUGCAACCCUCUGCAAGGAGCCAUGUAUGCCUUCCCUCGUAUUUAUAUUCCACCAAAAGCCAUUCAGAAGGCACAGUCAUGCGGAAUAGCUCCUGACAUGUUUUACUGCUUGGAACUGCUGGAAGAGACUGGAAUUUGUGUUGUUCCUGGUAGUGGCUUUGGACAGAAGGAAGGAACAUAUCAUUUUAGGAUGACAAUUCUUCCUUCUGUUGAGAAACUUAAAGAUAUUUUAGAAAAAAUAAAAGACUUCAAUAUUGCAUUUCUGCAAAAGUAUAACUUUUGAAGACUUUCAUAACCUGCGGUGACUUUAUGGGAUUUCAGACUGGUUAGUAGGAUCACUAAGCCUACAGUUAUUUGCCUUGUGUUACUUUUCCUGCUCAUACUGCCCCAAGGCACAGAACUUUGCCAAAAUUGUAAUGAAUUGCUGUUACAACCCUUCCAGUCUUUGAAUGAUCAGCAGUAUUUGAGAUUUAAGUGGCAGUCUUCAACGCUAUAAAAGGACAUUUAUUAGUUGCUCAAUAUGUCUCAAAGAAAUGACUUGACAGCAGACAUUCAAAGUCCUGGAUAUUGAAGAUGGGGAAGAUUUCAUGAUCCAAGGAUUUGGUUAUUUCAACCAAACAAUGCUCUUUUUUCCAAGACUCUUCAGAAAUUCAGUAAACUGUAUGUGCUUUCUUGGGUUAUUGUAGAAAAGUUUAUUUUGCUGCAUUCCUGGAAUUAUGGGACAGACAUUGCAAUUAAAUUUCUAAAUGGUGUGUAUUACUUGAUGAUACUAAUAAUUGGGCAUGUAUUCAUUAGCAUUAUGUCAAAGUGGUUGCCAGUGUUUCUGGCCUGCAGUUCUACAUGAAUGUGAGCUUGGUUUAGAUAUCUGCUAUAAGUGUGAAGCAGAGAUACUGCACACAUUCCCUAGAAUCUAUAUAGACUUGAACAUUGAAAGACGUUUUGUCUUAAGAUAGUUCGGUCAGUUGUGCCAAGUCCUGAAACAUCUAACUUUAACUUGGGUUAUGUAAACUAGCAUAUAGAAUGUACUUCACUAAUACCAAUAGUGCAGUUUUUGGAAAACUUAAACUUAGGAGAUUGAAGCUUUGUUUGGCAUGUUAAAGUACUUUUUUGGGAGGGGGUUAAAUUCAGCCACUGAUGUUUGCUGUCUUUAAGUUAUUGUCACAAAUAUUUUGAAAUUUUAAAUCAGGCUGAGUCUGCUUUUUAUGUUUAAAUAUUAUAACUUUCAUUGUGGGGCUCUUGUAAUAGAAGGUGCCUUUUUAAUCCUUGUAUGGAUAUUUCAUUGGGCAUUGUGCAGCCUUCCUGCAGUAUACGUAGAGAGAGAAGAUGCUCUGAAUAUGAUCUUUAUAUCAGUGAGAUGUAUUGCAUUGCUUUGUCCAACUAGGAUGUUGAAUACAUUUAUGUAAUAUUACUGUAAGAAGAAAUGAAAAUGGCUGCUGUUUAUAGAGCUUGGAUGUACACAGCCUCUUUGCUGGUUUCCUCCACAUACCAAAAGCAUGCUGGUUUAUUACCUAAAAUGAUCAGUUUUACUGAAAUCGCCCUUUUGGCUUUCCUUUACAUUCACUGUCAGAUACUAUUCAGUUCCUGCAUUCCUUGUAACAAAGCUCCCAGCUGCUGCUGUGGGAUAUUUGUAGUUCUUUUCUCAUGAUGUGAGCCACCACAAGGAGUUGCACUACUUUUCAUUCCUCGUGGAAAAUAAUUUUACAUUUAAUGACCAUUGAACUGCUGUGUCAAAAUACGUCCUGGAAGUUGAAAUCAAAGCAGGAGAAUGCGGCACACUGUUUUCAAAAGAUACACAUAUUCACAAAUGAGCUUCUUAAUUUGAAAUGAGUUUAUAAUGUCGAAAUUUUCUACAUUUGCAUUUUCCUAUCUAUACAUCCCUGAGUAAAAUAAAACAUUUUUGUUUCAAGUGUUACUCUACAGGUUGUGUGAGAACCUUCCCUUUUGUAUGAAGCUGUAGUACUUACCAGUUGUUGUAGGUACCAAGACUACAUAUGCCCCCUCCUGUAUGGACAAUAGGCGUAUGCUUUCUUUGCAGAUGUCCUAGAAAAGUUCAGGUUAUGUAUACAACAGUAACUCCAGUAUGAGUCUGCAUUACUAAUCCAGGAAACCUUCUGGACCACAUUACUUUUAGCUACUUGGAUAUCCAGUGUUUAAGUGCUGCCAUUGUGCUCCUGCUGCAGGUUCACUAGGUUUAAAAAGUUGUCUCUCUCCUAAUCUGCACAUUCCUAGGCAUUUUUGGCAUAAUAAGUUUACAUUUUCUUUUUCUAAAGGCUAGUGGUAGUUAAUGCUAGGGCAAGCUUAUAGACAUCCUAAUUCUUUGAGUGUGUACUCAGCAGUUCCUGUUACAAAUAGUUUUACAUUUUUUUUUUUUUUAGCAUAGCCCCAACCAAGCAUUUUGAGAAAUGCAUCAAACUACCACCCUUCAAACCAAGUAGUAACUAAUACAAAUCUCCUCAAGAACUGUAUCAUUUUGUGUGGAAGGAGGCAAACUUGAAACGAAAGUGCAGUGGGAAAUAUCUCUGGUGUGUUCCUGUUUUCUUUCAGAUAGUAAAUUUAAUUUGUUUUAAAGGCAGUGUGCACAUGCUCAAACGCUUCUUUUUCAACGAUUGUGCUGAAUGAAUAGUACAAGAUCACCUCAGUUGUAAUUAAAUGGCAUCUGUCAACACAUCUCACAUAUUCAGAUAAUGUUAAGGAAACCGUAUUUGGGUGUUGGACUAUCUUACAGAUUUUGCCCUACCUUUGCUCACUUCUAUGAACCAAGUCCAGAUGCAAAAAUGUGUCGUGUAUUCCACUCUAGUGGCCAACCCAACAUAUUGCCUCCACUAACUGGGGAAAGUCUGUAAACAAGCAAUGGAAGAAUAUGAGGUUUUUGUGAGAUCCUAACUUGUACCAUAUCACUUCUCUUAGAAGUUAACUUCAUGUCUUCCCUUUAUGCAUCUUCCUUUGCAUAGGCUUUCUCUGAUGGCAGUGUAAAAUGUGUGGAACUGUACAUAGAUGGGUAUGUAUCUGCACACAGUCCCUGCUGGACCCCACUGUGUGGUUUGUGUGUGUCCUUCAGCUAAUGCCAGGAGGCAGGUUGGUGGGUGUAUGUGUACCCUCCAGAAGUUCAGCACUGUGGUUGCUCUCAUGCUUUUAAUGUGCAAAUAUUUCAGCUGACCCAAUUGGAGAGUGUUGUAAUUGUACUGCAUUUAUCUUUGGUCAGGCUCACUGCACAAACUAAUCUAUGCAAUGCCAAGGCAUUAAAAUAGAUUUCAGAGCUCCACUCUUGAAAAAAGGCUUCUAAAAAUGGUGGUGGUUUGUUGUAUACAGUUUCUCAUGCUGUCCUGUUGAGUAUGUGAUUGUGACGUAAUGGCCAGGGAAAUGUCGCUGAAGAUUAUUUUCACACAAAUUUCAUGACAAGACAGUAGUACUAAGGAUGGCUGUGAAUGGCAAGCCUUCUGUUAAGGGUGAGCAUUCACCAUACCAGUCCCAAAGAUGAACAUUGAUGUGCAAAAGCAGUGAAGAUACAGUAGUAGAGGGGAGCCUGAGAUUUUUUUAAGCACACAUUUUUUAAACAGCUGUGAUAUUCAUUAGUAUGCAAGGUUUUUACUGUACAUCCUAACUGGAUUCUGUCAUAUUCUGAGGUGGUCUAGAACAGUGUUUGAAAAUUCAGACCAGAGUUUAAACCCCACAGCCCUUAUCUUGCAUAACUUGUGAUACUUAGAGACGUUAGUAGACUUCCAUGAGCUCUCGAGUCUCUUCAGAAGGUAGUUUUGCCUUUGCGUGCCUCUUCUUUUAAAGGAAAUAUUAUUUUUCAGAACUUUUCUGUUAAUCCCACAUCUGACUAGUUUAUUUUGAGCAUCAGGUUUCUGUGAAGGCAUUUUGGGCAAAAUGCACAUGUAAUGCACUCUGGCCAAGAUUCUGUUCACUUUUUCAGAAUAAGAAAUCACAAAACGUAAGAGUCAGUGCUGGCUUUCUGACUAUUGAGUUUAUAUGCUUUGUUUCCAGAGUGAAUUGUUAUUGUUUACAUUGUAUUUAUUCCAUUAAAUUGUGAGAGACUUAACUUGUUUACUAGUAGCAAAUAUCACAAGGUUGCUUUCGUGUGCCUCUUGUUAAGUAUUCUUUUUGCAGAGAUAUCCAGACAAUCUGUGUCCGUUAUCAGUUUUUCUAAAUGCUGUGAAGGCAUAUUGGACAAAAUACAUAAUAUCCAUUUGGCCAGUAUUCUGUAUAUUUUCUCAAAAAAAAAAGUAUGCAUGCACGCACACACACACAUGCUCUCCAAACUUCAGGCAGUCAUUUCUUUUUCUGUGUUUCAGCAUUGUUCAUUUGUUUCUGGAGUUAAUUUAUUGUUUACAUUGUGUGUUUGUUUUGUUAAUUUUGAAAGCCUUUAAAUAUCUACACUAGCAGUAAACUGUAUUAGGUUGCAUUGAUAUAAGUUACAGUUCAGUUAACAUGUUAUUUUAAUUAAACUUGAAUAUUUACAAAAACUGUGACAUUUUAAUAAUACUGUGGUGUCUUGUUUUAAAAACUUUAUCUUUAGAAAUAAAAAAAAAAAUGAUACAUUUUUUUGUAUUUGAACAUUGUUUAAUGUUUAUGUAUAAUUUGUCUGUGUGUGUGUAUUUGUGUGUGUGUGUAUGUAUAUACCUGUAAGCACAGAUGUAUGCAGUGCAAAACUCUGUGUAGAAACAAUAAACCUGCACAAUAUCGUUAUAACUUCUCACCUUUUUUUUCUAAUCAGCAAUGCCCUGCUUUUUGAAGUAUAUUAGCAAUGACUGUUAUAAUACUAUGCAGAUUCUUUAGUUCAUAAUAACUUGUUCACUAGUUUUGGGUUAUACAGUUGCCAGUAACCAAACCUGUUAACCACAAACUGAAUGAUUAGAGUCACCAAACAGCCUAGCUGUUUGGCAGAUAGUCCUACUUUGCCCCUUCCUUUCAUAACUUUAAUUUCAAUUGGUGUAUGUUAACAUGGACUAAUUACUGUACGUAUGGACAUGCAUGGUAUUUUACCAUGUGUGGCAUUAGCUAAUGUUCAUUUAUGCCAUUUCCUAAGAUUUAUUUGACACAAGCUAAGUCUGUAUUUGGUCAUUGGUUGAUCAGUGUUCUACCCUAGUAAACAAAUUUAAAUAAAAACAUGUUGAAUGAUUAUUCUUUUGACAAAUAUGUCACAUAUAUACUCAUUUUGUUUUAAUGGAGAAUAUAAUGUAUCUGCUAGGUCUACUCUGUAAGUAGAUGUCUGCUUAGUUUGACAAUUAUGGUUACCAGAGUCAACAAAUUCAAUUGUAUUUACCACUGUGGUCAUUCUUCUGUUAAGUAUUUGUAACUACAUACUGGUAUGGGUCAGAUAUUUUGGUAUGUUUUACAUAGUCGAAGACUAGAUGCUUAGAAAUUCUGAGAUUACAAUAAAGUGGAUAGUACAUUUGGA